AUGCUACUGCAGCUAGGGGGCCUCAACAAGCUCCCAAAAACACACAGACACACCCCCAGCAUAAAACACAGUCCUAUGCUGCUGCAGCUGGAGGGCUUAGACCCAACAGACCACAAAACCAGCCUCAACCUCAGAAAAAAGAAAACAAAACACACCCCACCACACACUCCAAAGAAACAAAAACAAAUAACCAACACAAGAAGGAAAAUCAACUUCUCAGAACCGGCCACGCCAACAAACACAUAUGUUUUAACCUCUCCUGUUCCUGAAACCCGACCUAUCCUCCUCACUCCAAAUCCCAAAACCAGCUCCACUGUUCCUGGCUCCCCAAAGCCAUAUAACCCAGUCUCCCCGCCUCCUCCUACCCCACAAAAUCACCAGGUUUGA